AUGAAAUCAAAUCAACCCGGUUCCUCACGUCAAUCUCCCGAACAUGUCGAUUGGGGUGUGGAUAGCGGGUUGUAUGGGGAUUCAACUGGGAAUGGUGAAGGUGAUCAUGACGGGCAAUAUUGUGAUGCUUACAAUAAUGAGAUGAACAUCAACGAUAAUCCUUGCAAUGACGAUUUAUUCAAUGAGAUGGAUGAUAGCAAUGACGAUUCAGAUUUCAUUAUUGAAGAAGAUGAUAUGUUUGGCUCAGAAGAAGGUGAAGACAACGAUGACAAUGUUGUGUCCCCCUCAAACAUGAUGGGUGGUUUAAAUGAGCAUAUUCUACGCAACAAAAAGAGUAUAGCGAUCCACAAUGUUCCUCAGCUUGAUGUUUCUGGAGGUGUUGCUAUUGAAGAGGACAAUUUGAAUGAAACAACAACCCGUUCGAGUAGUGGUUGGAGGAUUCCCGAAGCCAUUUUUCACAAUGUUGAUGUUCAUCCCUCGUCUGAAGAGCCAUCAAUGAUAGACCGUGAACUAGCAAAGGCGUUGUCAUUGAAAGUUGUGUGCAAGCAUAAAGAUUGCCCAUUCUUGCUUUCUGCGAAUGCACUGACUGGAAGUAGUUUGAAUAUUUCAAAAUUUAUCCAUCCACAUACAUGCUUGGUUAACCUGAGUCAUUCAGCCCCUCGACAAUUGCCUGCAAAGAUCAUUGGAGCAUUAUUCGCGCUUAAGUUAUUGACAGAGGGCCGAGUAUUGAAGCCUGUAGAAAUUAUGGGUGACAUGGAGCGUGAUCAUGGCAUUAAGCUCAAAUACAAUACAGCUCUGAGGUCUCAAAACGCCGCCUACGACUUCAUUUAUGGAGAUCACAGGAAAUCCUGGGAACUUUUGCGGGCGUAUUUUCAUAUGUCGAUGAAGGAAAAUCCUGGAACACCGGCAUACAUUGAGACCGAUAAAGAUGACAUGUUUGAGUAUGCUUUCAUUUCGUUUCAUGCGUCUGUAGGGUUCCUCAGUUAUUGUCGGCCCGUUAUUGUGAUUGACGGUACGCAUUUGAAGGAUAAGUAUAAAAGCAUCCUAUUUGUAGCAACUACAAAGGACGGAAAUGAACAAAUUUUUCCUUUGGCAGUUGGUAUCGGCGAUAAGGAAUGUCAUAGUGCGUGGAUGUGGUUUCUCCAAAAGCUUCGCUCCACUUUUGGAUGUCCUGAAAAUUUAGUGAUUGUUUCUGAUCGCCACUCGAGCAUAAAGUCUGCUAUAGAGGUUGUCUACCCUGAAGCCGUACAUGCCAUAUGUUCCUACCACCUUCGACAAAAUAUUCGAAGUCAUGGGUGUAAAGCUGUUGGUUUAUAUAUGAAAGCUUCAUACACUUAUUCUCCCGUUGUGUACGAAAAGUCGAUGGCUAUGCUUGCGGCAAAAUAUCAUAACACAAAAAAGGUUUUGAUUGAUGAAGCCAUUCCAACUAGGUGGGCACGAAGUCAAUGUCCUGUGAGACGAUAUAGUUUCAUGACGUCAAAUGCUUGUGAGUUGAACAUCGAGCCGCGGUUGAUGUACUCUCUCGGCCAACCUUGGUUGGGACAUCAACCGGAUGUGAAUGAUAUUUUGAACAAGAAACCUAGGAAGAGCAAUCGUCAGCCGCGGCUGAACUGCGAGCCGCGGUUGAGGUGCUCCCUCGGCCAACCGCAGUUGAGAAGUCAACCGGCUGUGAAUGAUUUUUUGAACUAA